GUUUCCGAUACUUAUUCCUGCAUCUUAGUGCUUAGCAUCCCAAUCAGCAUUCAGAGAAUUGUCAGAAAUGCUCAUACCUAUGGGUCCUUAUCCGCGAUCACUGGACUUCGGCCUCGUCCUCCGAUGCUCGUCCUCCGAUACGCGCGGAUAGGCGAUGAGUUGGCGGCGUGUUCGCAAUAACGUGGAUCAGCGUGAGCAGCUUGCAGCUGUAUGGUGUAUAUGAACUCGGCCCGUCGCGUUCUUUCUUAGACCACCGCGACUUACUCGCCUCAAGCGCACUUCAGACUUCACAGACCGCAAAGUACCCGUACCACCUGGGUUCUCAAACACAUCAAACCUUAACACCACUGGUAGCAAUCAGGAAAGAUGGCGCAAGGCUGGCGACAACUCGAUGUUGGUGUCAUCGGCGGUGGAAUUGGAGGAAUGUCCGUGGCUAUCGCCCUCCGCCGUGCUGGACACAACGUUACCGUCUAUGAGAAGCACGACUUUGCCGGUGAGGUCGGCGCAUCAGUGUCCUGUGCAGCAAACGGCACAAGAUGGCUACACGAGUGGGGAGUCGAUGUCCAAAAGGGCGACCCCGUGGUCUUGAAGUCGCUCAUCAACCGUGACUGGAAGACUGGCGAGCCUGUAUCAACAUUCAGCCUUGAUGAUUAUGAGCAGAAGUGGGGAUACGCGUACAACAUGUUCCAUCGCCAGUAUAUGCACGCAAUGCUGAAGGACUGCGCAUUGCAGGGGGAGGGUGCAGGUCCACCAGCGAAGUUGCUGGUCAACCACGCUUGUCAGGAUAUCAAUCUCAAGGCUGGCACUGUCAUAUUUAAGAACGGUGUCACCGCCAAACACGACCUUAUUGUUGGCGCAGAUGGCAUCGGCUCAGCUGUACGCGGUAUUCUCGGGAUACAUCCAGCAAAGCGCCCAGCAGAGUCAAGCUGUCUGCACGCCAACGUCAGCACCGAUCAGGCCGUCAAGCUCGGUCUGGUAGACUACUCCCAAAACGAUGCUCUGGAGUACUGGGGCGGCCAAGACGGCACCUGGGACAAGAUCGUGCUUUCGCCCUGCAACGGUGGCAAGCUGCUCUCCUACUACUGCUUCUUCCCCCGUGAGAGGGGCGACUACACAACACAGGCGUGGGGUGCUGAUGACCGGCCUGUCGAAGAAUUGCUCGCUCCUUACCCAGAGCUGGAUGCACAGGUCAAGGCGCACCUGGCAAUUGGUGUCGAGGUACAGCCGUGGAGGCUAUGGGUGCACGACCCCUACCCAUACCUCCAGAAGAGUAACGUCUGCUUGUUGGGUGACGCAGGUCACCCGAUGAUGCCUCACCAGAGCCAGGGCGCUUGCAUGGCCAUUGAAGACGCCGCAGCAAUUGGAAUCAUCUUCAACAAGUCCUACUUCCAGGGCGAUGUCCGGGAAGCACUCGAAGUCUACGAGAAGGUCAGGUUGCCGCGUGCCACCCGCGUGCAGGCAGCAGCAGCAAAAGCAGCGUACAACAUUAACGAGCGCAUUGGCUUCUCAGCAAACAAGGACAACUGCGCGACAUACAAGGUCGAAGAUGAGAAGAAGACGCUGACUAUCGAGGAGAUGAAUGCGUACGACAUGUACAAGGACGUCGAGGAGAAGCUGACGCAGGUCCGAGGCGAGAAGUUCCUUGCACCGUACGUUUCUGGGUUACCAAUUGGCUUGCAGAUGCCGAAUGGUGUGAUUGUUGGAGCGUGAGCACUACUUACUAUGUGUCGGGUUUGUUUAUUGUAUGGUCACUUUAGCGUCGUGUUCAAUUUCUGGAUAGCCCCUUCAAGCAUCCACUCCCCCACCGGUCUUAGUAAGAGGUGCAGCAGGCCUCGUACUUGUACGAAAUACAUCUUAUUAGGAAGCUUUUAUUGCAAACUUCGACAUGAUUAC